AUGUGCCGUUCAAAAGAGGCUUGGGAACAUUUCAUCUUCGUACCUUGCUUGCCGAAGUCAGUCACCAGGGCAGCCAAAAGAAGCGGGUUUCUGCAGUGCAGCACCAUCUCUUGCCGCUCCACGGAGAAGUCCUCGUACACUUUCGAGGAUGCUGCACUCGCCCUGGGCCUGACGGCCGGCCUUGGCGCAGCCGCCGCGAGCACGGCCUUAGCGCCGGGGGCUGCGCUGCUGAAGAUGGCCAUGAUGGUCCCAACGCCGCCACCGCCAUCACUCGCACCGCCAGCACCUCCACUUGCGGCUGCAACACAGGGCCGGACAAACGCCCUAAUUCCAGCACAACCGCCGCCCGGGCCACCGCAGUUCAGCCUCCUUGAUGCUUUGCUCCCGAACUUCAAUACCGAUACCUUCAUCUGGCGGGUGUCAAUGCUGCAGAUCACGGAGUACAUCGGCUCCCUCUUGCUCGGAAGCGCUUACGGGUCUCCGAAGCUUUGCUCGUUGUACCUGCUGGGCGCCUCCUGGGGCCCAGCCAUUGCUCAGGGAGCAGUUUGGCGGCUGAUGCUGCCGAUGAUGCUGCAUGCAAAUGCACUGCACAUCUUCUUCAACCUCUUCUUCCAGAUGCGCAUCGGCUUUGGGAUGGAGAAGCAAUUCGGGCGGCGGAAGUUCUGCCUCCUCUACAUGUUCUGUGGCUUCCUUGGCAACCUGAUCUCCGUAGCUGUCGACCCAAUGAAGCUGGCGGUGGGAGCGUCGACCAGUGGCUUCGGGCUUCUGGGAGUUUGGGCAGCAGAGGUUCUCUUGACAUGGGACCUGCUGGGUGAGAGCCGUUCCAGGGUGUUCUUGUGGUUCGCGUUCAUGGUUACAAGCUGCAUCAUGAUGUCCACCAUCUCUCCCAAUGUGGAUUUCGUUGGGCACUUCGCCGGGAUGCUUGCUGGCUUCCUCCUUGCCAUCAUCCUUGCAGACAUGCAGGAGGAGCAUCAACCGGCAUGGUACGACAAGGCCAAGAUGACGGCCAAGAAUAUCACGGCGCUGAUCGUCAUCGCUUCGCUCGUUCGGGCGAUCACCCUGGGCCCAGAUGGGCCCAUCCCCUACUGCGGGACCAUCUUUCAUCCGCGCCGCUUGCCCUUCUGA